GCUUCCUUUGCAGGGGCCUCUCUAGAAGAGAUGUGCAGUGUGACUUCGGGAAAGAUCGGAAAGGUCUCUGAUACUGACCAAAGUGGUGACAGCAAAGAGACUGGAAGUGCCCAUCAUAGGAGAGCCCAGAGAAGGCGCACUGGGCACAGCAAGAGUCCCAGAUCACGGUCCUCAGGAGUCCAGACACCUCCUCUGCUUCGGAAAAGCCUGGUGACUUCCCUUCGCACCAUGUCUGAGGCCAUUUAUCAGAACAUCGUUCUGCUGCAGAACCAGCAGCUUCCUUUCUCGCUGAGCUGGGAGAAGUACAUCCUGCUCACCCAGCUCCGGGAGCAUCUGCGCACCCAGGCACAGACCGUCUAUGCCAUGGCCACCCAAGCGGCCUAUGCCUUCCCUGCCGAGGGCUGGCUUGUCCCAGCCCCACUACCAGGUCCCUCGGGUCCAGCAGGGGAUGAGGGAGAAGCCCAGAGCCCCUCCUAGGUGAGAAACCUGGGAAGGUCAGCCUCUUGCUCAGACAGGAGAUAGCUGAGGUUGCCAGUGAAUGGGAUUAGGGCUCAGCUAAGGGCACUGGACCCCAUUCAGCUGACGCAGCUCUGUGGCUACAUCGGAGCUCUACUCCUUCCCAGAUUCUUCCAGAUGACCAGCAGGGCCUCUUUUCAAGGCAAUGUGUUGCUACUAAGUGGUUAGAAUUGUCAUUAAAAAAUCUUAAUAAACAAGACUCGGGUGGCAAACUCUGGGUUUCCUUGAGGAUUAAAUUUCCAAACUGUAAGUUUUACGUUAGACAUUUCAUGUAUUUUGAGUAUCUUAAGAGAGCCAGGCAUUAUUUGAAAAUGAGAACAAAAAUAUG